AUUGCGUUUUUUUUCCCUCAUCCUGUAAACACGUGUGCGCCGCAGUGGGAGAGUAAAUUUAAAAACCUAAAUUAAGCUACGCGUUCGCAACAACAUCCUUAAAAUGGCAAAAAGCCUGCGGAGCAAAUGGAAGCGGAAGAUGCGCGCAGAGAAGAGGAAGAAAAAUGCUCCCAAGGAGCUGGCUCGCCUGAAACAAGCUCUGAAUCUGGAUAAGAAAGGAGAAGCGGUCAUGACUGACGUGCAGGACAUCGCCACUGUGGUGCCAGCUGAUAAGAUUAAGAAGCAGGCCGAUGUUGAAAUGACAGAGACAGAAGGUGACGAUGGAAAGAUGGAUAUGGAUGGCAAGCGGAAUAAGAAAACACAGUUGGAUGAAAAUGGACAGUACCCUGUGUGGAUGAGCCAGCGGCAGGCCAAGAAACUGAAAGGCAAACGGAUGGCAAAGAAAAACGGCCAAGGCAAGAAGAAGAAGGGCAUCGCCUGGUGAACCAGAGCAGACCUAAAGACCUUUGCCUUGCUUUAAAGACUUUUGAUGCAGAAACACAGGAUCAGUUCAUGUAUUGAUUUAUACAUGACAACUGUCAUUUUCUGCUAUUGGAUCUCAUUCAGCUCAGCACAUUACAACAUUCAUGGUUAUAAUUAUAUAAUUAUAUUCAUGGCCAUCUUAAUGACAAAUGGACAAGUUUAGACACAAGUUUUAAGAAAAUAAGACUUGUGCAAAAUAUGUCUGUCUUUUGCUUGUCUUUAUGCAAUGCAUGUGAUUGUCAAACAUUCUGUACUAAUCUGUAAUAAUUAAAUCUGCGUUGCUCACUGUA